GCCCCACUGCGGCGCCCCUCAGUUGCCCGUCGCGUCUCAACUAAACCGCACGCCCGUUCGCGCCAAAAUGGCAGCAGAAAUUGACCCAGAAAAACUGAUAUUAGCAGUGAAAAAACGCCCGGCUUUGUACACCAAAAAUGAUCCCAAUUACUACAGUAAUAAGAAACAUAAGUCUAAACUGUGGAUCGAAGUGUGUAGAGAAGUCUACGCUGGCUGGGAGCAAUUCAGACCGCAAGAUAAAGUGGAAAACGGCCACGAGCUUCAGCGACGCUGGAAGAGUCUCCGAACAUGCUUCACAAGAGAGCUAGGGAUGCAGAAGAAAGAACAGGUGAAAAGAGAACGGAAUGAACCUUAUAAAAGGAGAAAGAGAUACGAAUAUUUCAACAUGAUGUUGUUUCUCCUAGAGCCAGAGGAAAAUAAUGGAGAAAGGGAUUCUGAUGAUUCAAGAUCAGAUCCUUUGGAAAGCAUAAAAAACGAACCUUCAGGUUUUGAAACAACGCAUGUUAGCCACUCCUCACAUUUUGACGUAGAAGUGGAACCGGAAAGAAAUGAAACUUAUCUAAGACCGAUGUUUGAACGUAGUGAAAAUCUAGAAGAUAAGGUACUGGAUAUGCUUAAAGAACUUAAGAAGGACGAAGGUGAUGAGGACAGACAGUUCAUGUUAUCUUUAGUUCCGACUUUUAAGAGGUUGAAAGCUAAACAGAAGUUUGAAGCUAGAAUUGAGAUUAUGAAGUUAUUGAAGGAUAUCACAUUUCGAAACGAAGAUGAAACUAAGGCGAACACUUACAAUCCACCACAAGUUUAACUCUUCAGAUGUAAUAAACUAUUAAGUAAAGUUCUAGAUAAUUAACAAGUUUUAUUGUUAUCUUUAGAAUAACGAAGAAACUCCUUUCUUUAUUUUGUUGUUUAUUUGUUUUUAGGCCUAGAGAGAUGAGUAAAUUAUCAAAACCUAAUUCAAAUGUUUUGAUAAUUGCUCCAAGAGUUACAGAAGUGUGAAAUAAACUUGUACAGAUACUCAGUUUAAUUAGGUUAGCAUUUGGGUAAAAGUUUAGAGUAUUUGCUUUGGAAAUUAGGUCAUGUAGUAACAUGACCCAGUUCUUCUUGAAAAUGUUUUCAUAUUUUUUUAAUCCUCUAUGAAAUACCUGCUACGAACAUUUCUGGUUGUGGUAAGCAUAUAAUAUUUUUUUACUAACCCAACACCUGUUUCAUAAACUGUACGUAUGUUUUCAAAAAACUGUUGAAAUAAAACCGAAAUUGUAAUUUGA